UGACUGACUGCGUGGAGUGCUGGAGGCAGAGGCGAGAUGCUAGUGUUGGAGAUGAAGGAGAAAGAAGAUGGAAGUUCGCAUUUCGCAAAAUCGGUGUCAAGGCUGUGACGUGAGGCGGAUACGUUCCGAACUAUCAUGCAUCACACGACAGCUUGCUCCAUCUCCCGGCAAUCUGCACGAACUACAAGUCAGCUGCUAGGAGCGCGUUUGGUUGCCCCGCAUCGAAAUCAUGGUCACUGCCCUAGCGAGAUGGACUCACCUGCGCGUCGCGAAUGGGCCAUGGGCCAUGAAAGCCAGAUCGUUUGGUAGGUUGUGCGGCCUUUUGCGCGCCGGAGAAGAAAGUUAGACCCCAUCGUUUGGUUACAUACGAGCCCAGUUCUAGCGUCACCAUUUAUCCACAUGGUGACCUUACCUCUCACCUCUUUGGCACAUCGACAAUCAUGAAGGCAGACACCACCAUGGCACCACUGUCACGCCAGUCAAAGCCAUCACCAUGUCGCCGACCACGAAGAUGAAGAGCACCAUGACACCGCUGGUCACAAGCAUGAGCACGUCGCCGACCACGAAGAUGAAGACAACCAUGACAUUGUCGGUCACGCCGGUCACAAGCAUGUGCACGUCGCCUACCGCGAAGACGAAGACCACCAUGACACCAUCGGUGACGCCGAUCACACGCAUGGGCACGUCGCCGACCACGAAGAUGAAGACCACCAUGACACCAUCGGUGACGCCGGUCACACGCAUGGGCAUGUCGCCGAGCACGAAGACGAACACCACCAGGACACCGCCGGCGGCCGGUCACGCCGGUCACAAGCAUGGGCACGUCACCGACCACGAAGACGAACACCACCAUGACACCAUCGGUGACGCCGGUCACAAGCACCACCAUGUCACCGACCAAGAAGACGAACACCACCAGGACACCGCCGGUCACGCCGGUCACAAGCAUGGGCACGUCACCGGCCACGAAGACGAACACCAUCAUGACACUGUCGGUGACGCCGGUCACAAGCAUCACCAUGUCGCCGACCACGAAGAAGAACACCACCAGGACAUCGUCGGUCACGCCGGUCACAAGCAUGGGCACAUCGCCGACCACGAAAACGAACAUCACCAUGACACCGUCGGUCACGUUGAUCAUAACAUGUCGCCGACCACGAAGAUGAACACCACCAUGACUCCACCACCAUGUAUUAUCACCUCUCACUUCUCACCUCAUCACCACGUCGCCGUCCAUGAAAAUGGGGAGCGAGAAGUUGAGCAAAAGUACUCCAAACCUUAGUCACACAUACAUACAGAUUGCAGUAUACUUGUGAGUCAAUUAUGUAUCAGCGUAUGUACAUCGAAACA